AUUUGGAAAGGAGAAAGGGGUUACAUUCCUGAAAGGCAGGACUUGUGUUAGGCAGUGUGUGGGUUUCAGACUGUGAUGUAACAAUAUUAAGGACGGAGGCAAUCAAGAUGUUCCCCGCACCUGAGGUCCCAAAGCUAGGUGUGCUGAAGCCUGUACUCACUGAUUAAAAAUGUGGGUAGCCACUCUGGGCGUCCACACCCAUUUAAGUCCUCAUUUGGCCCAGCGGUUCCUUGAUCACUGGAAUUUGAAACCGGAUUUACUAAAUCAGAGCAAGUUGGAUCUCUGUGAAAUGAAGUUGCAGUCAUCGUGCAGUUGGCACAGUUCGAAGGGAAUGGGAUUCAUCUCAGUUUAGUUAGAAAAACCAAAGGAGUUUGAUAUCAGGGGCUGCAAAGUGUUUGGCAACUUUUGAUGAGGGCCACACGAAAGCUGCUUCCAUUGCGGAACAGAAAAAGCAGGAACAGUGACAUUAAAUCCGGAUUCAACUUCUUGAGACAGACGUUGCCUGUGAAACCUGAGGCGUGGUGUCCCGAUCUGCAAGUGUAGAGAACCUGAGAAUUAAAACCAUGUGAAAGAGAGAUGGGGGAGAACAGCUGUAAGUGGGAAGAUGCUAGAAGACUUGGAAAACAUUCAUCAAGGAUUUGGCAUCCACGGCCCAGAAGUUUGUUAUCCAAGAUGAUGAAUGCUGACAUGGAUGCAGUUGAUGCCGAAAAUCAGGUGGAACUGGAGGAAAAAACACGACUUAUUAAUCAAGUGUUGGAACUCCAACACACACUUGAAGAUCUCUCUGCAAGAGUAGAUGCAGUUAAGGAAGAAAAUCUGAAGCUUAAAUCAGAAAACCAAGUUCUUGGACAGUAUAUAGAAAACCUCAUGUCAGCUUCCAGUGUUUUUCAAACAACUGACACGAAAAGCAAAAGGAAGUAGGGGACUGAUGUCCCUUCUCUUUCAUGGAGUUGCUGCUGACCUUUUUUUUUCCUUUAAAACUUCGAUAGAUUCCAAAAGUUACAGUACUUUUAUUUGUGGCUUCACUGAAUAUUUCGGAAGAUAAUGUCAGAUGUAGGCAAAAUUAACUACUUAACUGGAGAUUUCCACAAGUUUGUGUAUUAUGUUAGUCUAUGAAAAUGUGCAAAUGUAUUGUAGAGACUUUAUAAUUAGAAUCGCAUAUAUUUAUGACACUUGAAGAUGAAUGUUUUAUCGAGUUUACUUUGAUUUAUAGGCUUAGCACUGUCUUUUAUUAUAGGCUUAGCAAGAUAUACAAGAAAAACCCACCAUGUUGUGAAAAAGUGACCAAAAUCAUGUCCUGAAUGCACAGCUUUAUGUACCUGUCCACCAUGUUGUGCCUCUGCUCCAUUUGCCUCUUCCUUCCCACUCACUUCCCCAAGGAAAACAGUUUGACAUUUGUAAAAGUAAUUUUAAUAGUUAAUCAUCUAUGAUGUAAUCUGAACCCUAAUUGUUGAAACUUAACCAAAAUAAGAUACUUUCUCAGCUAGGGCUUGUCAUUUGUGAUACUUAGUAAUAAGAUAGGAUUGCUGGUUUCUCUUUAAUCAAUUGAAAACAGAUGGAGGCUAAAAAAAUGACUUUUCCUUGAAAGUAAAUUGUCAUGAAUUUUAAAAGCUUCCUUUUGUACAAGAUAAUCUACUUGGUAUCUGUAAAGAUAGGCGUCCUAGUCAUGUGUGUGCUUAAAAAUAGAAAAUCUUGAGGGAAAAUAAACUAGGGUGUAAAAGUACUUGGUAAAACAGUAGUGAAACAACUCCAGAUGUUUUCACUCGAGAGUUGUGUGAUCUCUAGUGCAGAGUACAUAUUUUGGGGAGUAUAUUUGAAAAUGGAUUGUUUGACCUUACAUAAGCCACCACCAGAAGAGAACAGUAGAAAGAAUUUGGUCUCAAGGUUUAUUUGUAGAACCCAGCAGAUCAACUGCAAAACUCCUUGAGUAUAUUAGUAUCAGAAUUGGGAGAAUUUCACGGGUGCACUAAUUGAUAACCUUGCUCAGUAUUUUAUCUUACUUGUUCUCCCAGAAUUUUCUGUAAAGUCAACUUGGUUUGCAGAGUUUUCAUUAUCCUUUAACAAUUUUUAAAAACUUAGUUUGUAGACUGUUUGGUAAGGGAAUAAUCAAUGUCAGAAGUAUUAUUAAAAUGUUCUAGGAAAAGAGAUCAAAUAAUAUAGUUUAUGAUUACUAGAUUUGACUACUUUUAAUCAUGGAAUAACCUUAUUGUAGAAGUGUAAGAUUUGAUGUAUGAAUAUAUAGUAGUUACACUACAAACAUUUUGCAUCCCUUUUGUGACCUGAUUGACAGAUAUUUAAAUUGUGUUGCAAUUCUGCUUUGCUGUUUAAUAAAAAGCUGUUUCAGAGA